AUGGACAAUUUCAGCAAUCUUACAAGAUUUACUCAACUUUUGAAAGAGAACUUGGGGAUACCGGAUGAUGAUGUCAUUGAUUCCGCGAUGCAUAAUAUGCUGUCACAGUAUUCUCUAAAUGAGAAUACUAUAGUACCCCCCCCCCCUCGUUUGUCGCAUUUUCUAGUUUUUUGCCAUUUGUCGCAUUUUCUAGUUUUUUUUUAUAAGAGAAAACAAAUUUUCAGGACCUCAUUUGUCGCAUUUUCUAGUUUUUUUUUAAGCCAAAAAAAAAUCGGUUCAGGACCUCGCUUGUCGCAUUUUCUAGUUUUUUUUUUCUCUCUAUAAAUUCCUAAAAAUUAAAAUUCGUCAAGGGAUCAGUUAGUGAAAUUUCAUCAUUUCUUCCUUCAAAAUCCUUGCUCCCAUUCCUCAAUCCCCACAGCUUGCUUCCCAUUACCUGCUCCCAUUGCUUAAGCCUCACCACUUGCCAUUCACCAUUCUUAUUCCCCUAUCUUCAUGCCUAUUUCCUUAUUUGAUAGCUUAAUUUCUAGUCUUCCAUAUUAAUUAAUGGAGUUGCGCGAAAUUGAGGACCAGCCGAUAAAAAUCCCGGCAAUGAUUCAAAGCAUGGCCUAUGGAGAGAGGCUCAAUGCAAAGCAAAUCCAAGAGCGUCUUGCUGCUUGUGGCAAGGACAUGAGCCUGACGACGAUCAGGCACUACACCAACAAGUUCAAUCCUGAAGAGCACACUUUAGAGCUCAGGCGGAAGCUUGUGGACCAUGGACUAUCGCCUCCUCCUAAGAAAAUGGAAUGAUGGAGAGAGCAUAGUCAAGAGGAUCAUUGACGUAGGUUUCUUUAAAAACGAAGAACUUGCGACAAUCUUGGGGACUUCUAAACGGACUAUUGAGCGAAUUGCUGCAGAGAAUACUGAGAGUGAAUCUGACGAAGCGGCUGGAAGAGAAGAGGCACUAUCCAGAUCUCCCCUAAAGCAUUGAUGAAGACUUUGCUGAGGUCAUUAAGGAAUGUGAGAAGGAUACAGGCUUUGUCAGCAAGGCAAGUUUGAGGGCCCAAUUCAAAAGAAAGACAGUUGACAUCAGCGAAGAACAGCUAGGAAAAGAGCUGAAGAAGAGGGGAUAUGUCUAUAGGAAGAAGAGGGUUGUUCUACAGCUAACUGAAGCUCAUAAAGAGCAGAGAAAUGUCCUGGGCUAGGUCUUUGAUUGACUCAGAUAUCGCUUCAUGGAUCUUCAGUGAUGAGUGCUAUGUGCAUCUCUUUCGUAACUCUAAUUUGUGCAAAGAAGGGAUAAACGCAACGAUUGAAUUGAAAAACCUCAAUUAUGAUCUGGGAAGGAAUUUCUAUCGUUUUUGGCAAAAUGCUCUUCAUAAAGAAGGAGAAGUAUGCAAUCAAUGCCCAGGUCUAUAUCAGAGACAUUCUCCAGGGCUAUAUUGAGCCUUUAGAUGGAGACUACACCUUCGUUCAGGAUGGGGCAACAGCCCAUACUGCAAGGCAGACUAUGGAAUAUUGCAGAGAAAACGGGAUUGAUGUGAAGACUCAAAUCGCCGAAGAGCCCAGAUCUCAAUCCAAUUGAGAUGAUCUGGGCCAAUUUGAAGAGGAAAGUGGAUAAAAGAAGGCCUGACAGCAAAGCCAGACUAAUUGCCGCCAUUCAGGAGUCAUGGGGACGAAAUUUCUUUUGAGGAAGUGCAAAAUUCCAUUCUUAAGGUGAAAAAUGAAAGAGCAAGGCAGGUCAUUGAAGCGCAAGGAGAAUGGAGUUAAUAAAUUUAAUCUAUUCUCUAAAAAGGGGAGAGUAAAGUGGGAAGGACUGGGAAGGACUGGGAAGGACUGGGAAGGACUGGGAAGGACUGGGAAGGACUGGGAAGGACUGGGAAGGGACUGGGAAGGACUGGGAAGGACUGGGAAGGACUGGGAAGGACUGGAAGGACUGGGAAGGACUCGGGCCUGCUAACCCUCUGCAGGCAAAUGUAAGGUAAACUCCUCUAUAAUUACUCAAUUAAAUUAAUCAGAAACUAUUUUUUAAAAAAACUAAGAUUUGCGACAUCAAAAAAAAAUUAAAAAAACUAGAAAUUGCACAAAUGUAUUUGCACUAGAAAAUGCGACAAACGAGGUCCUGUAAAUUUUUUUUUCCCCUUAAAAAAAAACUAGAAAAUGCGACAAACGAGGGGGGGGGGUACUAUAGUAUGAAAAUAGCGAAAAAUAAGCCCAACAGCUGUUCAAAACCAGCUGUUGAGAAACCGCAAAUAAGGAAAGAGAUAGAAGAGAAAAGUCCUAUCCAAACAAGGCCAAAAAUAAAUAAAAAGUCUGAAGAGUAUGCAGAAAAUUAUAUCCCAAUCUAUAAGAGGGUUGAUGAUAUUAUUAAGAAAAAAGAAGAAGACUUAAAAGCCAAAAAAUUAGCUGAAGACAAAAAGAAAAGAGAAAUGGAGGAAUCAGAGUGCACUUUUAAGCCGAAUACCGGAAACAAAAUAAGAAGAAAUCCAGCAGAAUUUGCAGAACAUGCUUAUAACUGGCAGAAGAAAAAACUAAAAGAUCAAGCGAACCUUGCAAAGCAGGUUGAAGAAGAAAUCCAAGCCAAUAGAAGAGAAAAGCCUGCGAUUUCCAAAAAGUCGAGAAUAAUGACUGCAAAUAGAAGCACAACGCCAAUAUAUGAAAGACUAUACGAUUUACGUAAAAAAGAAGAAGCUCCUGCAGUUUUAACUCAACAAAACCGAAGCAUUACCCCAAGAAAAGAAAUCGCAAAAUCGCCAAACCGGAAUAAUAAAAAUCUUCUAUCAAAAGAAAAUAUUUUAAAUAAAAGCUGAAAUUUAGACGUGAGUUUUGAUAGUAGCUUUAGUGCUAAAACUAGCAGGAUUACACACAAAGAAGAGCCAAUAAUCAACAACGUUGAAUUUACCCCAAAUCUUUGUUUUCUUUUGAAAGGUCUUAGAUAA